GUUUACCAUGCCUUGAUAAUCAUCCAAGCUUCGAUUUGCUUGUUGUAUGUUGUUUUCAACCUAGAUCUGCUCAAUAAGACCAUUUAAAACUUCACGCAUCUUCUUAGCUCUAACUCGCGUGACUGGACCUCCUUGGGUGUGUAAUGGAUCACAUGACGUAGUAAAUAUGCUGUCAUCUUGAUUCCCAUCACAAUUCAAAAUAGAUUCCAAAAACCAAUUAUCAAUUGAUUUUCAAGAAAAGGAUGCUAACAUGACUUUACUCCAGGCAAGGAGCAACCACUAGAUGAUUUAAAUUCAACAACACAAGCAGCAAUUAAUUGAUAAAUUUGACUUGGAGGAGCUGUCCAUACCACAAUUCCAGCCAGCAGAAACCGAAGCUGCAGAUUGGGGAAGCCGGCGGCAAGUGCAGGGAAAUUUAGGGGGAUCUACCGAAAAUUGGAGAAACCAAGAGGAAUUAGAGUAAACCCAAGCCAAUUCAAGGAAAAACAGAGAAUUUAAUGGCUGUUCUUACUGAAAAAUCAAAGGAAUUUUCACCCACAAACCGACAAGAGCAGCGGAUGGAGGACACAGAGCAAAGCAGAUCUGAAAAUUCUGCAGAGGGGGGGAGUUUCUGGGUUCUAUAUGUGUUCUAGAACAAGAAAAGAAGGAGAAAUCCCCAAGCUUUUACCGGUUUCUCAAAGGGAGAUCGAGUCUGCGGUGGUUCGGUACUGUUUCUUUUUGAUUUAUUCGCAUCCACGUGAUUUGUCUUGAUUUGGUGAAAUUCGAAUGCGUGUAUUCGAGGUUUUUUUGUUGGAUUGUGAUUUAGUUUCUCUUUUGUUGUGUUUCAGUGGUGUUGGAGGAGUUAUUUAGGUUUGAGAAAAACCCAGAUUUGGGUUUGAUUUGGAGAGGAAGAAGAAGGAACAAGAGAGAGAAAGUGAAAGAGGAAAAAGAGAUGAUAUGGCAACUUUUCCGUAGAUGUGCCUUGUUUAAUAUAAUGGAAUGAUUUGU